CAUUCACAUGUAAACAUUAUAAGACUACUGACUAAAGAAGAAUUUUUUUUCAUAAUUUUAAAAAGAAAAACAUAAAAGAAAACUUCCUGUGACUAAUCAGUUUAUUGAUUAGAAGGUUUUUGAACUGUGUGGUUUUAUUGUUAAAACAGACUUAAAGUUUUUGACGUGUAUAGAAGAUAGUAAAAGAUUUUGUGCAAAAUGGCUGCAGAAUAUGAAAAUUUUGAAGAAGGGUCUAUGAUGAAUAUGCAAGCCGAGGCUGAAAAGGGAGAUGGUGGGGUGAUUGGUUUGAAGCCUGAAAUUGAAAUGCCUGAUGGGAACAUUAUUUCCAAGGAAAAAAUGGUUCACGCAGCCAAGCAGAUGUUACAGCCAGAAUAUCAGGCUAUUUUGCAUGCUAUGCUGAAACAUAUGCCUCACAAUAAGGAUUAUAUGGUUGAAAAUGUUGUCAAACCAUUUAUCUUGUCAGAUGACGACUAUCAAAAAAUUAUGGAUGUUAUGUUGGACAGCUUUAACCAAGGAUUGGGAAAAGAGACAAAUGCUAAAGCUGCUGUGAAAAUGUUUCCCACAUACGUCAGAUCAGUACCUGACGGAACAGAAACUGGUAAAGUAUUAGCCUUAGAUUUGGGAGGAACUAACUUUCGUAUUCUACUCAUUUCACUGGACGGUCAGGAGGUCAACAUGGAGAGUAAAAUCUAUAUCAUCCCACAAACAAUCAUGACUGGAACAGGGAUACAGUUAUUUGACCAUAUAGCAGAAUGUAUACAUAAGUUCAUGAAAGAUCAUAAUUUGUUACACCAUAAGAUUCCAUUAGGAUUUACAUUUUCUUUCCCAUGUCGGCAAGAAGGACUUAAUAAAGCCAUCUUAACUCAUUGGACGAAAGGAUUCAAAUGUGCCGGAGUGGAAGGGAAUGAUAUUGUAAAGUUGUUACAUGAAGCUAUAGAAAGAAGAGGGGAUUUAGAUGUAGAAUGUUUAGCUGUGAUAAAUGAUACUGUAGGUGCUUUGAUGUCUUGUGCACAUGAAGACAGAAAAUGUGCUGUGGGUUUAAUUUUGGGUACAGGGACAAAUGCAUGUUAUAUAGAAACGUUAGAAAAUACUGAAUUGUGGGAUGGUGAUAAUGACGAACCACAUCAGGUAAUGAUCAAUACAGAAUGGGGAGCAUUAGGGAAUGAUGGUAGUUUAGAUUUUAUAAUGACAGAUUAUGACAAACAAGUUGAUAAGCAUUCAAUCAAUGCUGGUCAACAAAUAUACGAAAAAAUGAUCUCAGGAAUGUACAUGGGAGAGAUUGCUAGACUUGUGAUAGAGAAACUGAGGAAAGCCAAACUGUUGUUUAAUGGAAAAGGUUCUGAAGAAUUAUCAGAGAGAGGCCGAUUCUAUACCAAAUAUGUGUCUGAAAUUGAAAGUGACGGUGACGAUAGCGAUUUUAAGUGUACAAAACAAGUAUUUGCAGAAUUAAAUUUACAUAAGUAUACUGAUGAGGACUGUAAAAUUGUACAGUAUGUGUGUUCACUGGUGUCAACUAGAGCUGCUUAUCUUGCCAGUGCAGGAAUUGCAACAUUACUAAAUAAAAUGAAUCGACCAGAGGUAACAAUAGGUGUUGAUGGAUCAUUGUACAGAUUUCAUCCUCAUUUUCAUGAUCUCAUGGAAGAAAAAAUCAGACAACUAGUCAAUCCCGGUAUUAAAUUCAAAUUGAUGUUGUCUCAUGAUGGUAGUGGUAAAGGAGCAGCCAUUGUUACUGCUGUAGCUAACAGAUUAGCACUAGAAAAAGAACAAAAACUGAAUGCAAAAAAUGGUAUACCAAAUGGAGAAUAGGAUUCACAAUAAAUAGUAGCAUAUCAGACAGUCGGGGAUAAAAAAUGGGACACGCUAAAGUUCCGCAUCACUGAGCACAAAAUUUUUAUCUACAAAAGCCAUUAACAGCUUUAUUUAUAGAAAAAAGACAAUUUUGCUUAAUCUGCAACGUUUGUAAGAUCAGUUUAAAUUCCGAUGCAUUAAAAGUGUAAAAUAAGGAUAAUGUUCUUUAGGGACAUGACCCGGAGCGAGCUCUCCAUAUUGUUAUCUAAGUGAGAAGGAAGUUACCUGGUGCAUAUGUGUAUGACAACAGAGUGAUUGAUGUGUAUGUGGUUAUGUUUGGAUGAAUGGAUUAUAUGUAAACAGAAAUGGAAGGAUCGUGAAGAAUAAAUGAUUGUUUUAUAAUUUGUGCAAUUAUUUAAAGAUGGUGUUAUUUUUGUGUAAUGUUGAAUAGUUUAGUAAUAUGUUUGUCUUGUUUACUAGUUUAGUUUGAACUUGAGUUCGACCUGGAAAAAAAGUUUUGAUGAAUAAAUUUUGAAAUUGAUUUGUGGUUUUUGUUUGGAAGGAAUUAUUUGCAUGUACAGAUUUUAUUAAGUAAGAAGUUUUUAUCACUACCUGUUCGAUGCAAUAUUGAUCAUUUGGCUUAUUGUGAAUUUUUAUUUUUAGAGAAUAUAUCUCCAAAAUAACCUAAGUGGAUGUAGUUUUAACCAAUUCUUAACAUUCACACAUUUUCAAUGACUUAUUAUUAAGAAAAAGUAUUAGAAAAUCAGCCAACUUCGCUUUCAUGUGUGGAAUCAAUUAGCUAUUUUCUGAUCUGUAUUUUUGAAGAUGAAAUGUGUAGUACUUGUGUCGUAGGAAAGGAAAGAUAACUCUUGUGAACAUUUAAUGCUAUCAGUUGGUGUAGAAAUGGGCUUAAAUCUAAUAAUAAACUGUUUCAAGUACCCUAUUCCUGUUGUAGAUGCAAACAUUCCAACCAUUUUGUAAACAUUCAGUCAUAUUUUUAUUUUUCCAUCAUACCAUAUUAAAUUUUUAUUUUUCAAUGACUUUCUUACAUCAGUAAUAGUGAAACAUGAAAAUUUACAUGCAGCAUACCUCAUGAAUGUUCUCCAAAGAUUUUUUUCCCCAUUUUAAAGGCAGCUGUAUUCUAUAUGUUCAUAAUAUGGCUGGAUAACAAAUAAAUAAUGACGAAUUGUUAGUUGUUGGUCAGUAAUUAAAAUUGCAAUCCAAACUUAUAUAAUAACGAAAUUAAAAUUUUAUUAAAUAAUAUGAAAGAUGCAUGUGUGAUUAUCUAAUUAUAUGAUCUAGUUUUUGUUUAUCUGUUGAAAAAUAAUUACCGGUAUCUGAUGUUACCAUGUCUUUCAGAAUUUUUAACAUGUAAAUAAUUUUGUUUUAUUAUUAUUAUGUACAUUUGCAUAAAAUAUAAGAUGGGGUAUUGAUAAAGAUUAUAAAAGAGCAUCAGUAACCAUUUUCACAAAAAAAUAUAUCUUAGUCAUGAACAAUAUAUAGAAUCUUAUGCAUUCUGGGUAAUAUUUUCAAAAGCAUACACCAAAACACUGGUUGGCUAAUAAGGUCCCAAACAAAUUGAAAUUCAACCAAUGACGUAACGUUGUUUUUGUUUUGGUGUACACACAAUUAAAUUACCCAUAGUCCUUUAGACUCUAAAACGGUGAAUUCAGUAUAAACUGCUGUCAAUUUUAGUCUUAAGAUAUUGUGGGAAAACUCCGACAGAUUUUAAAGUUUUAUAAGUUUGGUCACGUUCACAUUGUUAUACUUGACUGGGAUAAAGAUUUUUAUUUUCAUUUCCUGGAGAAUUUUUUUCUUUUUUUACGAAUUCUGCUGCUUUAUAUUAAAUAUACUGGUUUGAAUAGAGGCAACAUAACAAUGUUCAAAUCUCAUAAAUCAAAGUAAAAACUGAGACAAUUGCAUGCCAAUAGCAGCAAGGCCAAACAUGUCAACAAGGUUUCAAUUAUAUUUCUUCAGUAACUGUUAAUAAAUUAUAGUUAUAAUAAUAUAUGUUCUCUGAAAGUUUGAGGAAAUCCAGUCACUAUUUGAACAGGAGUUGUGUAUAAAAUGUGUAGACAGAUGAAUUUAUGGACAAACCAAUGGACACAACAAUCAUUAUAUACCUAUGCUUUAGUUAGACUUAGUAUAAAUAUAAAUAUUGGAAAGAACUCGGAAAGCUUUUUUCAUAGUAGCACUUAUAUAUAUCUAUAGUGAUCAAUAUAACAUUGACAUUAAUUAUUAUGUUACCAAUUGUCUGAACGCUUAACAGCCAGUCAGUGUGGUUAUACCCCCUCAAAGAAGUAAAUUGCAUAAUUCUAAAUCACCAGUGUGCAUUAAUUGCUUAAAAGUUUAACUGGUGUUAUUCUUAUCUUUCUUGUCACAAGAAAACUGUAACCCAGUCUAUUUAUUCUUCUUCGUCAUGCACUUGCAUAGAAUCAUUUGUAAUAAAUACCCUUGCUUUACAUUUUUGCAAAGAAAAUCCAUACCAUUUUUUCAUUUUUUCAAUUUACAUUUUUUUUAAUGGAUGAACUUAGACAUUGAUGAAUUUUGAAUAUUAAUAAAGUUUUCAGAAAAGUUUGUUAUUCACAGCUUGCCCCUCAAUAUGGAAGAAUCUCAAUUUAGUUAAUUUUUUCUUUAUUGUUUAUUAUGACAAAUGUUUUAAAUCAAAUUGUAACAGAUUUAGUGUAGUUUCCUAUGUAUGGGAACAAUUUUCAGAUUGUACAAGAUUGUUUACCCUUAAAAUUUUUCAAAAUAUUUAUUUUAAAGUAUUCAUGUUUGGUUUUUGGAGACUUUAUUCCAUCAUGUUAUAAAAAAAGUUUGUGUAUUAUGCAUCAACUAAUUGAAUAAAAACACAUUGCAUUUACCUAAAAAAAAUUCAUUUAAUCAAAUUGUAGAAUAACUUUUAAAGUUGAAAUAUUUGUCUAUCUGACUGAUAUAUAUGAUAAAAAAUAAUAUAAGUCUUAUCAAUAAUCUUUUUCAUGUAACACUUUCAUCAUAACUCCAGUUGUGACAUUUAAAUACCAAUUGAUGAAAAUAAAAUAAAAGUUCAGUUAUUCUUUAGUUCUUAUCUCAAUACCAUAUAAUUUAUUUUAAAAAGGGAAUUUUUCUUUAUGCAACUUUAAAAAAAAAAAACACUUUUAUUCAACAGAUUGUUGAGUUUGAUAUAUCUAUUGGGCCGUUCUACCAAAUCUAUGCCAAAUUUCUCUCAAUACCAAAUGAUUUACUUAUAAAGAAUAUUUUCCUUUACGUAACAUUUUUUAAAACUUUUAUUAAUUGUUGACUUUGAACUUUCUAUUGGGCAGUACAGCAACAUUUUUGCCAAAUUUCUGAUCUCGCAUUUCAUAUCAUUAAGUCAUGCCUAAGAGGCACAGUAUGCAAAUUUUACGUAGAAAUCCGAACUGCUUACAGUUGUUGUGUGAUACCAUAGAGUUAUUGUUCUUACUGUAAUAUAGUGGUUUUGUUUAAGGUUUCUAGAAACGUUCAAUAAGAUUUGAAAAAAAAAGUUUACAUCAACUUAAACAAAUAAAAUAUCUUGAUCAUUUA